CAGCUCCCUUGCAAUAAAAAACGCUAUCCAGGAUGGCCAAUUUGCCAGUUAUUCUGCAAUGCAGGAUCUGUUUGGGCGAUUUCGAAGAAAGCCAAAUGAUCUGCCUGUUUAAGGGUAAAGGCGAAAGUGACCUCAGAAAAAAGUUGGAGCUGUGCUGUAGGAUUAGGGUUCGCCAAUCCCCGCAGCUACCCGAGAAGGCCUGCAACAGCUGCUGCGAAUUCGUCCAAAUGUGGUUCAACUUUCGCCAGAUGUGCCUGAACUCGCAAGUCUACUGGGAAACAAGUUCCUCGGAGAGACCAGAGGAUCUGGCCCAGGCUAGCGAUGCCGAGUAUAUGGAGUACCUGUACGAGAACCUACAUCUGAAACUAGGCACAGAGAACCAGGAGCAGGACGAGAUAACCGCAAUAGAGGAAGGGGAUGAACAGCUGGAGGAUCAGUCCCAGGAAAUUCUCGAUUUCAACGGAUUUAUCAUAAACGAAUCGAUUGAACAGGACGAAGAACCUAUUACGGAGAGUCCUGAGCAGAUGCUGAUUUCCCACAUGGACUCCUACGUUGAUGAUCAACAAAUGGAAGAACUCAUUGAUGAUAAGAGUGAGCUAGUCGAGGACUUAUCGAAUGCAAACGAGUAUUAUGAGGUUGAGUACAGGGACGAGGAACUUCUCCUGUCAAGCGCUCCCUCGCCACAGCCCAGCUUCAAAAUGGACAAACAAAAGCCGGGUAGGCCCCGCAAACCGGACGCCGAACUGAAAUUCAAACGCAAGGAUAUCAACGCCAAGGAAAGGGGAAACCAGUCUAAAUGCAAGGACGAGGAGAAGUACAUAUGCAUCCUGUGCGGAAACGUCUAUUACAAGAAAUCUGUUUUCACGGCCCACAUGAUGACCCAUUCGGAAUACAAGCCCCACCAAUGCGAAAUCUGCAAUAAAUCUUUUCGACAAAUGGGCGAGUUGCGAGCACACAUUCGUCGUCAUACGGGCGACCGUCCGUACAAGUGUAUGUACUGCGACCGCCACUUCUACGAUCGCAGCGAGCGGGUCCGCCAUGAACGGGUCCACACCAACACGCGCCCUUAUGCCUGCCAGGAGUGCGGAAAAACUUUUACGCACACAGCCAUCCUCAAAAAUCACAUCCUUUCGCACUCCGACCAGAAGAAUUACAACUGCGGUAUCUGCUGCAAGUCAUUCACUCUGCUGCACCAGCUGAAAGCUCACAUGCAAACGCUAACCCACCGCAAUAAAAUGGAGCAAAGCAUUCUCAGCUCUCCGGAAGUGUUAGAGAGCUAAUAUAGUAAAUUAAUUGAGGAACUUAGGUUAUCUAUUAUAAGUAGUAUAAAGUCAAUUUUUACAUAA